GUAAGCAGCUGAUUUUGUUUACAUUGGAACAUGCAAAUGAAAUAUUUUCAAAAGUUCCAGUCGGUAGUUGAGUGUCCGCAAGUGUAGUGAAAUUCUGUGUUAUUUUUGUUGAAAGUGAAAUAAUUAACAAUAGUUUAAGUAAAUUAUUAACAAAUAUGUAUAAUCAAAAUGAAUUGACUGUGCAAGCUUGUAAUUUGUUUCUAAACAUAUUGCGCUUGUACAGCAUGAGAAAUCAAAUGCGCAAUAGAAGGUGGCGAGUUCGUCCUAUUAAUGUGGAUCGUGCUCUACAUGGCUAUUACCGAAAAACGUUUUUAGCCAUAAAAGAAAAAGAUAACGAAGAAUUUUUUAGUCAUACACGGAUGUCUAAAGAAUUAUAUACUUUAUUAUUGAAGUUAAUAGCUCCUUCUGCGACAAAAUGUGGGCAGCAAAUAAAUGCUGAUGAACGUUUAUCACUUACUCUUUUGUAUUUGGCACAUGGCGUCCCUUUACAGAGUUUAGCAUGGAGCUAUAAAUUGGGAAGAACUACAGUUAGAAACACCGUGUUGGAAAUGUGUGAUAUUAUUUGGCAACUACUAUCACCAAUAUAUUUAAGUGAACCUACAGAAGAGCAAUAUCGGCAUAUUGCAUCAGAUUUUUGGCAAACAUGGAACAUUCCAAAUUGUGUUGGUGCAAUUGAUGGCAAGCAUGUUGCUAUUAAAUGUCCUCGGGGAUCAGGUUCCCAAUUUUUUAAUUAUAAAAAAUUUUUUAGCAUCGUACUAAUAGCAGCUUGUGAUGCUAAAUACACUUUCACUUCGGCAAGCUUGGGAGCAUAUGGUAGUCAGAGUGAUGGAGGAAUAUUUCGAGUAACAAGAUUUGGUAAAGACUUGGCUGAAAACAAAUUACCGUUGCCUCGCAAGAUAACGGGAUAA